AUGAUGAUGAACAGCCGCUAUGCGAUGGUGAUCCCGCUACGAAAAAAGAGUGAAGUCACGAAAGCAUUUAAAAGGUACUGUCACGAUGUCAAAAUCGAAUGCGGUUUGGACGUGAAGGUACUACGCAGUGAUAACGGCGGUGAGUACCGUAAUGACGAGAUGACUCGAUUCUGCCAUCAAGAGAUGAUAAAGCAAGAGUUCACAGUGGUGUAUAAUCCGGAGAAGAAUGGCAUGGCGGAGCGGCUCAAUCGCGCACUAGUCGAGAUGACGCGCUGUAUGCUGAGCGAAUACAAGAUGGAUAAAACAUUCUGGUGUGAGGCGAUGCUGACCGCUGUGGAUAUUCUCAACGUUCUUCCCCGAGCUUCAAGUCCGAACCUAAGCCCGUUCAAGAUGGUGUUCAAGCGCAAACCUCGUAUGGAUAUGAUGCGCGUAUUUAGAAGUCUUUGCUACGCGCAUAUUCCCAAACAAAAUCGGAACAAGUUGGACCCCUCCGGUGUGCGGUGUAUGCUGCUCGGAUACGCCAAACAACACAAAGCGUAUAGACUUCUAAAUACAGCGACUGGAAAAGUGUUCGUUUCCCGGAGUGUGACUUUUGUGGAAACUGCCGUGGAACAGACACGCUACGAAGAUACGCCUAGUGUAAUUGACGUCGUUGGCGAUGGCGACGAUCUGCAGGAUCCGAGGGACCACGCAAUAAGCGAUGAGGGAACCUGCACGCCGGUACCAGGAAGUCCAAUUAUGACACCAAAUAGUACAGUACCGAUGGACAGACCAACCGGAGCAGUAACCACACGACAAUCAAGCACACCAGGACGAGACGGCGAACAAGAGUGGAAUGUGAGACCAGCACGCAAGAAGCAAGCAAUCAAGCGCUACGAGCAAGAGUUUCCCAAUCUACGGCGAGGAACCUUCAACCUUGACGACUAUGACGCUAGCUACGCGACGCAGUACUGUUUGAGCGCUGAAGAGGAUGGUGAAAGCGCAUCGACAUACUCUCAAGUGUUGGAAAGCAAGUACAAGGACGACUGGAUACGUGCAAUGAAAAGUGAGAUUUAA